AUGCCGAUUUCCAUCGUAGACCGUAACGGCCAACACGUCAGCAUGCGUAGCAUCAUCUCCGAUCCCACACCAAUUCCAACUCCUCUCGCCAUCACCAUCGUCGACCACUACCUCCCUCACGACACCCACAACACCUACGCCAUCACCCUCGAUUCAACCGUCACCAUCCAAACCCUCCUCACCAACUCCCCUUCCCACGUCGAAUCUUGGAUCCUCGAAACCCAAACCCAAACCCAAACCCUCUCCCUCGCUUCCCCCACCACCAUCGGCCUCGACAUCGAGUGGCGCCCAAACUUCCAACGCGGCCAAUCAAACCCCGCCGCCACACUCCAGCUCUGCGUCAACAACCGCUGCCUCAUUUUCCAGAUCAUCCACUCCCCUCACAUCCCCACCUCCCUCUUAACCUUCAUGGCUAACCCUAACAACAGAUUCGUUGGCGUCGGGAUUGAAUCCGACGUCGAGAAGCUUAUCGAAGAUUACAACAUCUCCGUUGCGAAUUAUGUUGAUUUGAGGAACCUUGCUGCUCAAGUGUUGGAAGAUCGCGCGAUGCUGAUGUUCGGGAUUAAGAGACUGGCGGAACGGGUUCUUGGGAAAAUUGUUGAGAAGCCGCAGAGGAUUACCAGGAGUAGGUGGGAUAAUCCAUGGCUUAAUGUUGAUCAGGUUAAGUAUGCUGCAGUUGAUGCUUAUAUUUCGUUUGAGAUUGGUCGUCGUCUCUACUCUAAUCAGGUUAUUGAAUGA